UUUUGAUUAUAACUCUGAGAAUCCUGAGUUUGAUCUUCUCUUUAAUGAUGCGAUGGCGAGCAAUUCGAGGGUGGUGUUAGAUGCAUUGCUGUUGGAGUACAAGUCUGAGUUUGCAGGAUUUACUUCUUUGGUGGACGUGGCCGGUGGCACCGGAACGGCGAUAAGCAAGAUUGUGGAGGCGAAUCCUCAUAUCUCCGGCAUCAAUUUUGACCUGCCACUUGUGGUCGCCACUGCACCAAAAUACCCCGGGGUGGUUAAUGUCGGGGGUGAUAUGUUUUCUUCCAUCCCAAGUGCCGAUGGUGUUUUCAUGAAGGUUUUCAACUGUUUCUCUCUCUC